AUGCGCUACUAUGCAACGAACUGCACCUAUCAAAACGAGAGGACAUUGGCGCUUCAGAUCCCGCAGCUACUUGCCAAGAUAGCUCGGGAUCCGGAUCCCAACGCCAGGGAUGCGUCCCGCUCUUAUGACCGGAUCAUGGAAGAAGCGAAGGUCGCCCGCGAUGUUCUGGGGGUUGCAAUCAAAUUUCAAGAGUACCCCCUGCUUCGUAACGUGCUGAACUGGGUGGAUGCUAGUUCCGUGAGCAACGAGACCCUGUCACUGGUGAGGCUGGCCACCACGUCAGGCACGUUGGAGUUCGGCGAGAUCAAAGAAAGCCUUCUUCAACACUUCUCCAAACGAUCCCUUCAGCUUAACGUACUCUGCUUGUCGGCCCUGUGGCCGUUGAAAGAAGCACCUCACCCUGAAAUUGAGGCUCUGGUGGUUAACGGAGCCUCGAUUCCCCUCACGACACCGCGGUACCACCAGCUCAUCCUCGCCAUCCUCGAGACCUACAUCGACCGUUACGUCGGCCCGGAGCCGCCAGCCGAGAUCAACUGGACCGUACCCGGCGUGAACUGCAACUCGUAUAACUGCACCAGUUCCGACUGCAGCGAGUUAGACGCCUUCCUCCGGUCCUCGACCCAGUCCGUGGCCAGGGUCCAGAUCGGCAAGAAGCGCCGGCAGCAUCUGCACCAGCUGCUCGAUCGCGCCAGGAGCCCGUGCACGCACACCACCGACCGGUCGACGUACCCGGAGACGCUUGUCGUCACGAAGGUCGUCGGCAAGGGUCUGGCGAGGAAUGGGUGGGAAGCGAGAGUCAAGAAAGCGCGGGAAGUGCUCGAGGGGUUCGGAUCCGAUUUGGGGACCUCGCUAAAGGAAGACUACGACAGGAUCAUGCGGAUGGUAGCCCCCGCGGACUAGCGUGCCACCGUCGUCGGGGCUGGAGACGCCGGGGGCGCUUCGGCCACGUCGCGCACCGAGACCUUGCCUCCUCCCAUGGGCUGGGGUGAAACGGAAGGCGGAAGAUUAGCGAUAGACUCUGCCUGUUCAGAGAUGUCUCGUGCUGGAAAUGUAGGAUACAGACGAAUGUGGCGAUUCGAUAUGUUCAACAGGAUCAUCAUGCCUCUCUGCGGUUAUGUGGUUAGGGGAUCUAAUAGACUGAACGAGGCGCCAAAGAGCCGGAAGUGUCAGGGGCUAACCGCCAUAAUACUUAAUACUAGUAAUCAUAUAAACCGAC